AUACUGUCAACUGCUACUAUAAUAUGGUCGAUUCUGGAGUCAUGCAACUCCAGAUUCCCCUGGAGCAUGCCGUUCGCCACAAAGCCUGCCCCAUGAUAUCAACAGCACUGGGGCUCGGAGCGCCGACCGCGACGUAGUAGUUUUCCAGGGGUCUCAGAAGUGGAGAGCUGCUAAACGGUAUAAGCGGGUUCCUUUCACUGCUGCCCAGGCUUAGUCCUGGCUUUUAAUGUACUUAAAGUUCCGACCACAAGCUGUUGGUUGGUGCAGUGGCCAAUUGACAUUACCGCAUUAAGCAAUCUUAGCCCUAACCCCAGAUAUCCCUCACUGGCCUAUCCAGUUCUUACCACCUUCCCCAUACCAUACAUUCUCAGCUCUAUCCCUCGAAAUUGUGAUUUUCAGUAUCCAUCCAUAACCUCAUUGAGAUCAGCAAUGAGGCAACCAGGCAGCCGUGUUUCAACGGGGCUUGGAUGACGUCAUCCAUGUCAAUCACUUCGAUAACGAGCUGAAGUAUCGGUGAACAAGUGGCUAGAGUUUGCCCCUCUUUAUAUCCAAACAAUCCCCUUCACAAGCCACUUCUCCGAACACACUCUCUGAUAACUUUCUUCGCCGGACGAACAGGAAAAGCCGAACACAAUGCCUGGAAAUUUUGGCCAGAAAAUCCUCAAGACCUUUGGGUUGGACGAUAACCAGCAAGGACACGGACAGGGCCAGCCUCCACAACAAUACCAGCACUACCAACCGCCCCCACAGCAGGGUUAUCCAGGCCAGCUGCCUGGAAACCGGCACAUUGAAGAAGGAGACCGAGACCUUCACCCAGACAGACAUGGUACAUACCCCCGUCUCGCCAGACUGGGUGAUGGAUCGUUACUUGCCUCAUUCACCCACUUCCAGGGGAACACACGCGUGCUCGCCGUAUCGAGAAGUACCGACGGCGGUCGGACCUUCGAGGGCUGGGGAGAAGUCAGUCGUGGUGAGGGAGACGUCGACAAUGUGUUUCUUCUAGAGGUCGCACCGGGCACUGUGCUGGGGGCAUUCCGGAACCACGACCUGGGACCCAACGGCCCAACGCACUUCCGGAUCACAGUCUGUCGGUCGACGGAUGCCGGCCGGACCUGGCACUUCCUGUCGCAGGCGGCAGAGAAGGGCGCACCAAACGGUAUCUGGGAACCGUUCAUGCGGCUAGGCAGACAGGGCGAGGUCCAGUUGACGUAUUCGAUGGAAUUUGCGCAUAACAACCAGUGCACGAUGAUGGUGCAAUCAUUCGACGGCGGUGCCACGUGGACUCAACCGCGGUGUCUGCAUGGGGACUGUGAUUUGUUGCGUGAUGGGAUGAACGGCAUCGCACCAACUUGGGAUAACGGUCGUGAGGCCCUGGUGAUGAUUUUUGAGACUACCUCGUUUGGCACUUUCAACUUGGAAGCGUUGAUCUCCUACGACGAUGGUCAGACUUGGGGCUGGCGUCAUCGCGUGUAUGUCCCGCCUCAGGGUCACAAUGCGGGUGCUCCCCAGAUUGCCUCCUUCGGUGAUGGAUCGCUGGCGGUUAUCUUCAUGACGGAUGAGGACCACAAUGAAGUGUCGUGGACGAAUAAUGCCUCUAUCAAGGUUGUUUUCGCGGGUCCGCCGCAGAAUGGCCAGAUUCAAUGGACCAGACCGACGGUUAUCUGUCCUCAUACUAGUCACUGGCCGGGUAUUGCUGCUGUGGAUAGGAAUACUUUGUUUGCGACUUUUGAAUGUGAUGGACGUCCGAAGGCUAAGGCAAUUACUCUACACUAGAUAUGUGGUUGGGCGUGGGAACUCGGAUGUUUUUGAUAGGCAAAGCGGAUGGUUUCAGUUGUAGAGCAACUGCCAGCAGAUUUCAUCAUGAAUCAAUACUACUGAUUACCGCUUGACAAACCGUCACGCUUGUAGAAGUUACAAAU